CCGGCUCCGCCCCGCCAUGGCCGUGGCCCGCCGCAGGCUGUCCGUGGGGCUGGGGCUGGCCGGGCUAGCCUGCGCGCUCCUGGGGGGCUGCCUGCUGCUGCUGGGGCCGCUCAUCGUCCGGCAGCAGGUCAUCAAGAACGUCAGGAUCGACCCCAGCAGCAUCUCCUUCCAGAUGUGGAAAGACAUCCCUGUCCCCUUCUACUUGUCAGUGCAUUUCUUCGAGGUGCUGAACCCCAAGCAGGUCCUGCGGGGAGAGAAGCCAGUGCUGAGCCAGCGUGGGCCCUACGUGUACAGGGAGUACAGGGUUAAAACAAAUAUCACAUUCCAUGACAACGACACCGUUUCCUACCUGGAGUACCGACAGCUUUUCUUCCAGCCCCACCUGUCCAAUGGCACGGAGGACGAGUACAUUGUGGUGCCAAACAUCAUGCUGAUGGGAGCAGCUGUGAUGGUGGAAAAACUGCCAGACCUGUUGAAGCUUUUGCUGAGUGGAGCCCUGGCCAGCCUGAAGCAGGAGGCGUUCAUGAACCGCACCGUGGGCGAGAUCAUGUGGGGCUACGAAGACCCCCUGAUAGAUGCAAUAAAUAUGAUUGUUCCUGGCCUGCUCCCUUUCAAGGGGAAGUUUGGAUUAUUCAUGGAUUUCAACAACUCCAACUCGGGGCUGUUCACAGUAAACACGGGCAUGAACAACAUCAGCCAGGUUCACAUGGUGGAUUCAUGGAAUGGGCUCAAGAAGGUGGAUUACUGGAGGAGCAGCCAGUGCAACAUGAUCAACGGGACAGCAGGGGAGAUGUGGCCACCCUUCAUGUCCCCAACCUCCCUGCAGUUCUACAGCCCUGAUGCCUGCAGGUCCAUGACGCUGGUGUACGAGGAGUCGGGGCAGUUCCAGGGUGUGCCCACCUUCCGCUUCGUGGCGCCCAAAACCCUCUUUGCCAACGGCACAGACUACCCACCCAACGAGGGCUUCUGCCCCUGCAUGCAGUCUGGCAUCCAGAACGUCAGCACCUGCAGGCUCAAUGCACCGAUGUUCAUUUCCCACCCUCACUUCUACAACGCCGACCCGUCCCUGGUGGAUGCAGUGGAAGGCCUGCACCCCAGCAAGGAGCAGCACGGGCUUUUCCUGGAUGUGCACCCCAUGACGGGCAUCCCCAUGAACUGCUCCAUCAAGCUGCAGCUGAACCUGUACAUAAAGCACGUGUCUGGUAUCAUUCAAACAGGGCAGAUUAAGCCCGUGGUCCUGCCGCUGCUGUGGUUUGCAGAGAGUGGAUCCAUUGAAGGCUCAGUGCUGAAGCAGUUUUACACCAACCUGGUGCUGCUGCCCUCGGUGCUGGAGUACCUGCAGUACAUCCUCCUUGGCCUCAGUGUCCCUCUCCUUGUCUCAGCAGCUCUCCUCAUGGCAAGGAGGAAGGAAAAGUGCUCUUUAUUUUGGAGUAGCAAUAAAAAGAGCUCAGACAGUAAUAAGGCAAAUCAGGCCACCUCUGCCACAAAGCUGCCUCCAGUUAAGGGGACGGUGUUGCAGGAAGCCAGACUGUAGGUGGGUACCCAGUCAAGGUAACACCCUUUUCCCUCCUCCUGAUGUGAUUAAACUUCAAACCAAUCAAAUGAAACCUUUUGCUUGUCCACAUCUCCCAGCCAUGCCCUCCUGGUGAGCUUUGAUGGAGCAAUGCUGUCUCAUGGCUUUAUUUGGGGCAAUUUAGAUGUCUUAAUACUGGUGUUUAACCGGGUUGCAAGCACAUGCUCUUAUUGUUUCUCCUGGUGUACCUGAUCUGCAGCCCUAAUAAUGUCAGCAGGGAUCAGGGGAACAGUAGGAUUGGUGUGAGGAAAUACUUUUCCUGCCUCUUUUCCCCCAUCUCUGAGUGUUUGAGCUCCAGAGGUAAGUUUAUUUGAAUGGGGUAACAGAGAUCAGUCCACUGGUGGUGUCACCCCUCCCCUGACCAGAGGAGGGAAUUUCUGAUGUAUAAAAUAUCUGGGUUUGUAUUACAGGAACACAAAGUCACUGAGUCGUUGAGGUUGAAGGGGCCUCUGGAGGUCAUCCCCAAUCCCUGUGCUCAGGCAGAGUCACCUAGCUCAGCACCAUCUCCAGAUGUCUCUUAAGGUCUUCAGGAGUGGAGAUUCCCCAGGGCAGCUGUUCUCGUUUUUACACUUUUCACAGGAAAAACAAAAAGGAAAAAAAAGUAUUUCUUAAUGUGCAGAUGGAAUCCCCUUUAGGUGUCCCUUUGCUCUUGUCCUGGACGCCACCAAGAAGAGCCUGGCUCUGUACUUACACCUUCCCUUCAGAACCUUGUUUCCAGUGCUGAGAUCUCCUGAGCCUUCUCUUUUGGAGGCUGGACAGGCCCAGUUCUCUCAGCCUCUGCUCACAUCAGAGUCUCCAGUCCCAAAAUCACUCCAGUGCUCCUUUGCUGGGCUCUUCCCAGCAGCUCCAUCUCUCUCUUGUGCUGGGAAGCCCAGAGCUGCACACAGUGCUCGUGUGUGGCCCCUCCAGUGAUGAGCAGAGGGCAAGGACCACUCCAGGAGCUGCUGGCAACACUCGCAGAGCAGCCCAGGACUCAGCUGGCUGCCUUUGCCACCCAGCUCACCCUCAGCUCGCUGUCCCCAAGGCCCUCAGGUCCUUUUCUGCCAUCCUGCUGCAGAGCUGGUGACCUUUAGGGUGUGCUGCUGUGUGGGGCUGUUCAUCCCAAGUGAAAUCCUUGUACAUCCUCUUGUUGGACUUCAUGAGGCUCCUUCCAGGCUCUUUCUCAGCCUGCUGAGGGCCCUCUGGUGUACCAGCCACUCCCCCAGGUUUUUCAGAUCAUUAAUAAAGAUGUUCAACAGGCCUGGACCCA